CCCCGCCCUGCGCGCCGUGCCCCGCGCGCCCUCCCACCCGCGGGCCGCAGAGCAGGAGAGCUGGCUCCCCAGGAGGAUGUGUCAGGAACCUAGGACGUACGCUCUUUUCCUGUCCCUUUUUCUGAGUCAUGGCGUCGCAAGUCACAGAGUUCCAAAUUCCAGGCAGGAUUUGCAUCCGUUGCUGCAAAAAAUGGCGGAAGAAAUAAUAGAGGGAAGCUAUCUGAAUGCGUUACUGGAUCUCAUACAGUUUCAAAGCUCCCACGUGUGGACGGCAGACCUGUCCCACAGAGUCCUGGCCUACCUGAACUCACAGAACGUUGCCUUCACCAUCCCCAGCCUCCAGGCAGCCAUGGAAAACCACCUGGAGCAGCGUCUGUACCAGCCCCAGAAGCUGCUGGAGGACCUGAGGGAAGCAGAUGCUCAGCAGUUCUGCACGGCCAUGAAAUGCCUCUUAGAAGACAAGAAGGAACGCUUGGAGCUGGACGACAUUGUCGUCGAUUUGGGAGCGAUUCGGAAACAAGCCUUGCAGAGCCCGGGCGUGAACCGCAGCCUGCUUCUCAUCACGCUGGAGAGGUGUUUCCAGGUGCUGAACCCGCUGGAGUGUGUGGACAUCCUGGGCAGGGUGCUGAGGGGAUCCGCAGGCAGCUUCCUGCAGCCGGACAUCACAGAGCGGCUGCCUCGGGACCUGGGCGAGGACGCCUUCAAGAACCUCUCGGCAGUGUUUAAGGAUCUGUACGACCAGACCUCGGCCCAUUCCCAGAGGGCUCUCUACUCCUGGAUGACGGGGGUUCUGCAGAGGUCUUCCAAUGUCACUGAUGACUCUGUUUCAUGGGUCAGCGCAGAAAACUUGUGGAUUUUGGGCAGAUAUAUGGUUCACCUAUCAUUUGAAGAAAUUAUGAAAAUUAGUCCCGUAGAAAUCGGGCUGUUUAUCAGCUAUGACAAUGCCACCAAGCAGCUGGACACAGUUUAUGACAUCACGCCUGAUCUGGCUCAGGCCUUUCUGGAGAGAAUCGGCUCCUCCAGCUUUGACGUGAGGAACACCUCUACCAUCCACAGGCUGGGGCUGCUGGUGUGUUUCUAUGACGACCUGGAGUCGCUGGACACCGCCGUGGCCCAGGUCCUUCUUCACCAGAUGAUCAAGUGCUGCCGUUUGAGGGGCUUCCAGGCUGGUGUUCAGAAGCUCAAAGCUGACCUCCUAGACAUCGCCACGGAGAACCAGACCCUCAAUGAGACGCUGGGCUCUUUGUCGGAUGCAAUCGUGGGCUUGACCCACAGUCAGCUGGAAUCCCUGUCCCCUGAGGCUGUGCAUGGCGCCAUCGCUACCCUCAACCAGGUCUCAGGCUGGGCCAAGAGCCAGGUCAUCAUCUUGUCGGCCAAAUACUUGGCCCAUGAGAAGGUGCUGUCUUUCUACAACGUCAGCCAGAUGGGGGUGCUGCUGGCCGGGGUGGGCACCCAGGCUUUCCACAACAUGGAUCGCAGGGACCUCACGCAGGUCCUGAGAAGCGCCGUCUCCCUGCACGUGUCUGAUUUGUCACCUGCCCAGCAACAAGGUGUUCUCAGCAAGUUGAUCGAAGCAGGAGAUACCGCCUCAGGCAUUGUGGAAAUACAAGGGGCUUUCUUUAAGGAAGUGUCUCUCUUCGAUUUACGGAGGGAACCCGGAUUCAACUCCACAGUUCUAAAGGACAAGGAGCUUCGGAGGAGCCAGGCCUUGUUCCUGUAUGAAGUCCUGUCAAGGACCACCAGAAGGCCCCAGGAGCUCCUGAGUGCAGGGCAGCUGGUCAAAGGUGUGAUGUGCUCCCACAUCGAUGCCAUGAGUGCCGACUCCUUUCUCGCCUAUUUCCAGUAUUUCGAGAACAACUUCCGGCUGCUUUCACCGGAUCAGGUUAAUUGUUUGGCGUGGAAAUACUGGGAAGUUGCCAGGUCCUCCAUGCCGCCCUUCCUGUUGGCUGCACUCCCGGCCCGCUACCUGGCUUCUGUCCCAGCCUCCCAGUGUGUGCCCUUUCUGAUCAGCCUGGGGAAGACUCAGCUGGACUCCUUGGUUUUAGAUUCUCACAAAAAGAAUUCGGUCAUCAGGAAAGUGCAGCAGUGCCUGAACGACACCAUUGCCGACGAGUACACGGUGGACAUUGUGGGGAACCUGCUCUGCCACUUGCCAGCGGCCAUCAUCCUCCGCGGGGUGUCCCCCAGGGCCUGGGCCACCGCCCUGCACAGCCUCAGGGACUGCCCAGACCUCAGCCCCGAGCAGAAGGCCGCGGUGAGGCUCAGGCUCCUGGAGCAGCACGGGCUCCCCCAGAACUGGACCGCGGAGACCACAAAGGACCUGGGACCCUUUCUAGAACUUUUCUCAGGAAAUGAAUUAAGCUCUGUUGCUGCAAAGUUUCCUGAUAUCCUUCAACAAACGGCUUCCAAGAUGACCGGGACCUUGCCCCCCAAAGAAUUCCUCUGGGCGGUCUUUGAAUCCGUCCGGAACAGCAGUGACAGGAGCCCCAGUGCUGACCCCAGCCCUGGUUGCCGUGGAGUCGCGGCUCCCUCUUCCGAUGACAUCUUCAAGUUGGCCGAAGCCAAUGCCUGCUGGGCUCCUGAGGAGCUGCUGUGCAUGGAGGAAGAUGCGUUCAUCAGGAACGUGGAGCUUCUGGGGGCCGUCAGGGGUUUCAGCCAGCCUCAGCUGAUGGCCCUGAAGGAGAAGGCGGUACAGGUUUGGGACAUGCCUCCUUACUGGAGAGAGCACCAUAUCGUUUCCCUGGGCUGCAUUGCGCUGGCUCUGAAUAAGAGUGAGCUGGAGCAGCUGGAUCUCAGCUCCAUCGACACUGUGGCCGCCCUAAGCCAGCAGACAGGAUGGUCCCCAGAACAGGCUAAAUCCAUUCUGCAAGGAUUCCUGGAGGAUUCAGCCUAUCGCAUCCAGGAUCUGAAGAGCUUCCACUUAGUAGGACUUGGGGCGACCCUCUGUGCCAUGAGCGUCACCGAAAUCUCACUUAUAAAGAUCUCAGAAUUCAGGGUGGCAGUGGCCAGAAUUGGAACCUUGCUGUGCGACACCCAUGUCCUGGCCGAGUUUAAGAGAAAAGCAGAAAUUGUGUUUGGGGAUCCCACCCAGUGGUCCAGCUCUGUCUUGCAAGAGCUUGGAACCAUUGCAGCUGGAUUAACUAAGGAAGAGCUUCGAAUGCUUGACAAGGAUUUGAUGCCAUAUUUUCAGCCAUCAGCAAUCAGAUGUCUUCCUGAUGAGAUAUUCAAAGAGCUGUCCCCGGAGCAGAUCGCCGCCUUGGGCCCCGGGAACGCCGCGGCGGUGACCACGGCGCAGCGCCGGCAGCUCAGCGUGUUGCAGCUGCAGAGCCUCCAGCGGGCGCUAGAUGGCGCCAAGACUCGCUCCUGGCUGGACACGCCGCCGAGCGCCAGCCCCACCCGGACCCCCGCCUCCCGUGCUCCGGCAGGUGGCAAGUUAGGCAUCCUGGGGACUCUGCCACCGGCACAUCCUGCCUUCUCUUCCUGGGCACACUUCCACGGUAGACAUCUCAUCUGGAGAUCAGAAGAAAGCCUGCAGGCUUUGGAUCGCUCUCAGUGUUCCCUUUCUGCCGGCCUCGGGUUGUCCCGGACAAACAACACCGACAGCAACGGCUCUCCUUUGCAUCCGACCGCACGCUGCCAACGGCGUGCGGUUUUGUGUCUUGUGUUCCCAUCCCAUCAUCUGUUUUUUGGUUGGACUCCUGAAUCGUUCUUCCCAUCUCGGAUGAUGGCCUCAGUUCCUGUGUCGAAGGGCCAACUGCUGCCAGCGGCAGCUGUGUCCUUCUCCUGUCACGGUCAUCACCACCCUGCCAGGUGCAUGCUGUUACGAUGCCUGACUCCCAUUUUUCCAGAUGGGACUGAGCCCGAGGGGGCGAAGGAACCCGUGUCAGAGGCCUCUCACAUAGUAGGAUUUGAAUCCUGACUUUUUCCCUCGCACUGUGGACCUGCCUGGAUGGUGGGUGUCCUUGAGCUUCUCUUGCAAGUUAGACCAGAGAGAGAUUCUAUAAUCUCUUCACCUCCUCUUCUGGUGGGAGGCCAGCUCGCCUCACAGCACACAUAAUUGGCGAUUGCCUCAGGCAGGAAGACAAAUCUAGCUUAUGCCUGCGGGACCCCCGGGGUCCCCAGUUGAAAUGUGUGGUCCUUUGUGUGCAGGAAAGCAGCAGGUCACACUGGCAGGUACAGCUGUCCUUCACCUUUCAAUGCCAAGCUGCUGUCAGGUUCCCAGCCUCCCUCUUCUCCGUUCCCCCACGUGGCUGCAGACAGCACGGUCACUUACAUGCAGGCGACAGGCCGCUGGCCAUGGUACUGAUUGGUCAAGACCUGUGCCAUGCUGGUUAUUUUGAGUGUGACCGCAGGUAGACCCGUUUGCAGAGCCCGCACCUUCAGGCCCAUUCCAGACAUGGAGCCUCGCGUGACGGGGGCUGGAAGUCUUCCUGCGAUGUCACUCUACCAUCCAGAUGGACUUAGCAUUAAAUGAUUCUCUCUCGUCCUGGUCCCCAGGUUUCACCACAGCUGCUGGGGGUGGGCUUUUCUGUCAAGGAGGGAGGGUCUUGGUGUAUUUACAUGUGUGUGUGUGCACACACGUGCACACAUGUGUACGUACGUUUACCUGGCUCUGCUGUCAUGGGAGGCAGCUUAAAUAUUAGGUAUAUUUUGUCCUUCAAAGUUCUUUUCCCAUCCUUGCCUCCUGACGGCCUUUGAAAACAUCUGUAUUGCUCCUCAUAACACCUGUGUGUAGUAACAGGGUCAGCACAGCGGAAGUGCCAGGUGUGGUGUCCAGGUGUGAUGUGUGCAAAGUCGCGGAGCGAGCGUCCUCCCCACACGUCCGUCCACGACGUCCAGCACUCCGGCACUCUCAGCCAGCACCGUGGGGUCAUCUCACAGCCCUCUGCUCCCCCGCCCCAUUACUGGUCGUUUCAGAAGGGGACAGGGGCCUCGCUGGGCCUUGGGGAGAGCUGGAACUCGCCAGCAGGUGAAGACCGCACUGGCCUUUGAAGAGCCAGGCUAGCCCUAUGCUGAUGGCAUGUGGAGGGAGGCGCUGUCCUUUCCCCGGGGAUCGGCCCGAGGAACCCCGUCUGGUCUCUGAAACCCUGUCCGUUUCGCAGAGAUUCUAGUUCUCUCUGGCGGCUCCUCCCAGUCACGUUGACAGACUCGUCCAGGUGUCCAGCAGAACCAGAGGCGGCCGUCUCUGCCUUCUGUGCCUACGCGGAUGUGUGAACCACCAAGAACUCUCCCCUGGGUCCUGGCAACAGCUUCCUGGCUGUUCUCCCUGCCCUAGGCUUGCCCCUCGAGGGUCUAUUUUCAACACAAUGACCAGAAUGAUCCUUAAAAAAAAAACAUAAGUCCGAGCAUUAUUCAUAAUGGUCCAAAGGUGGAAACAUCCCAAAUGUCCAUCAUCUGAUCAACGGACAGACAACACAUGAUCCAUCCAUAUG